UAAAUGGCUGUUAUUUUACCAGGCGUAUUUUUCUAAUUACUCAAUCAUGUGUUUGAUUAAUUCUGAUAUAAAGCACUUUCUUAUAUAGACAUCAGACUUUAAAAUAUUUUGUUCAAAAUGGCAAACGUAGGUGCCCAUCAAGCUUCUAUAGUUAAUCCAGCAGUGCCUGGUCGGAACCCUUAUCGGUAUAAGAACGUCAUCAUGGGUCUUGCUAUUACGGAAACGAUUCUUGGUGUUUUAAGCAUUGUGCUUGGUAUUGUACUUGUGGCAAAUAAAAAUGAAGUGCCAGUCAGGGUUUGUCAUUCUUAUCCGGUUUAUACCUGUCACGUAUUAUUCACCAUCUAUUCCCCGAAAGCUGGAGAAGGAUUAUGGACUGGUAUAUGGGUUUUGAUUGCUGGUAUUCUUGGAAUUUUCGCUAGCAGGAACCGGCCAUCUUCAUCUGUCAUAAACGCUCAUAUGGGUCUUUCCAUCACAGCAGCAGUAUUCUCAGCUGGACAAGUUGCUGCCGGAAUAACUCUUGUCUUUUACACCGCGAAUGUUGAGUAUUUAAGAACAAGCAUCGCGUUGGCCGCGUUUGGUUUUAUUUCAUUCGUACUCUGCAUCGUGAGCGCUAGUUUUUGUUGCCCACACCAUACCGUUGCUAUUGGCACUCUUAGUUGUUGUGGAGCUGGCUGCUGUGAAAGUAAUGGGAGCGAUCAACAAGUUGUUUAUGUACAACAACCACCGCAGCAAGUCGUCGUUUCAUCUGGCGCACAGCAAGGCAUGGUACUCCAAAAUGAAUAUGCAACGUCAACAGCUGGCCCUCCGUUAGAAAAGCAGACUGAAGCAAAUGCUUUCCAAAGUUAGAGAACGUUGAUCCACUCAGCAAUUAAUAACAAUUGCAAAAGGAGAGAGUUUGUCAUCAUAUAAAAUCAUAAAUCGUGUACAAAGUUUGUCUGCAGACUAACAUUCAUUCAUUCAUUCAUUCAUAACCUUAUAAGCAUUACCAUAUUAUAUACUGAAGUGGUUUCAUUAUACUAUGGCAUUAC